CUCCCGCAGGUGCUGUCUCCCGAGGACUGCGGGCGCGGGUUCAGCGAGGUGGGGGCACUGGGGGAGGCCAAGGCGGCGCUGCGCGAGGCGGUGCAGCUGCCGCUGCAGCACCCGCACCUGUUCACGGGCGGCGCUCUUGCGCGGCCGUCCAAGGGCGUCCUGCUGUUUGGGCCCCCAGGCACCGGCAAGACGCUGGUGGCUCGCGCGGCGGCGGCCGAGUGCGGCGCCGCGUUCCUGGCGCUCAACCCCUCCGCCGUCGCCUCCAAGUGGUUUGGCGACAGCGUGAAGUUCAUCCGCGCCGCCUUCACCCUGGCCGCCAAGCUCUCCCCCGCCGUCAUCUUCAUCGAUGAGGUGGACGCCCUGCUGGGGCGCCGCAGCUCACUCAAGGAGCACGAGGCGCUUCGGGAGAUGAAGAACGAGCUGAUGCAGCAGUGGGACGGCAUACGGGCGGGGCGGGGGCGGGUGGUGGUGCUGGGGGCCACCAACCGCCCCUUUGACCUGGACGAGGCGGUGCUGAGGCGCUUCACGCACAGGGUGUUCAUCGGCUUGCCGGACCGGGCGGCACGGGCUGCCAUCCUGGGCGUGGUGCUGGAGGGGGAGCGGCUGGCUGCUGACGUGGACGUCGUCAGGCUGGCGGAGCGCACCGAGGGCUACAGCGGCAGCGACCUGCGCCAGCUGUGCAUCCAGGCCGCCAUGCGCCCCGUGCGCACCUUCCUGGAGCGAGCAACACACCUCGCCGCCAUCCCCGCCGCCGCCACACCCCUGCACCCCUGCCGCGCUGCCCUGCAGGACUUUGAGGAUGCGCUGAGGGAGGUGUCGCCCAGCGUGGACCCCGAGUCCGGUACCAUCCAGGAGCUGAACGAGUGGAACAAGCAGUACGGUACCUCCGCCAACAAGGCGGGCGUGCGCAGCAGGCGCCUCUCGUACUACUCCUGA